AUGAUGCGCAGUAGAAAUGAUGCUGAUGUAGCUGAUGAUGACUUCUACUGUGCAGCAGAUGAUUGUAUUUUACAUCUCUUCAGAUGGCGGUGCUUUAUCCUGGGACACCUCUUCCACUUUUUGCGAAGGUGCAACUGUAGUAGUAGCAGCAGGAACUGGCUCUGUUUUGCAAAGCUGCAAAAAUAUUGUGAUAGGAAGUUGCUGCCGCUGCUUCUUUUUUCUGUUCAAAGAGCAUCACCCAGGUUGCAGAGCUUGGCCAGCCGUUCCAAAUUUAAGCCAGUUUGGUCGACAACUUCUUCCAUUUCUUGCUGCAUUUCUUCUUCUUCGCUGGCCGACUUUGUCAAGUCUUUAAGGAAAGUUCGCGACAGUAUUCUUUUCCAAAACAAACCUGUCUCGUCCAUCUUCUUCGUGGUCGCCACUGUCAUACUCAGGUUCCUUAGCGGCAAAAGUCUCGUACAGGCUCCUAGCCUUUAUUUGGAUGAUAUUCGUAUUCAAGGCUAUGUUCUUCUUUUGGCAGUCAGCUAUCCAUAUGGCCAAAGCAGCUUCCAUAUGGAUGAUAAUUGUAUUACAAGCCGUAACGACUCUCUUUGCCAACUUAUUAAAAGGUGA